AUGCUUUGCCGCCUGCACUUCAUGCCGCCCAUGUCCAGCUCGCUGUUCCCGUGGCUGGGACCCGUCCGCACCCUCUGGCCUCAUCCAGGCACCCUCUUCGCCGAGCUGGAGCGGGAGAUGCGGCUGGAGAUGGAGAGGGCUCGUGAGUUCAUGAGCAGCGUUGAGCAGUACCUGAGCACUGGGAGCAGCCCCGGGAGGAUCGGCAUUGCCCCGAGCACCAGCGCCGCCCUGACCCAGGGCUCCGGGGAAGGCUUCUCCGUCUGCCAGGACGUGAAGGACUUUGCGCCCGAGCAGCUGUCGGUGAAGGUGGUGGGCAGGAAGGUGGUGCUGGUGGGGCAGAAGGAGACGCAGAGCACGGACGACAAGGGCUCCUUCUCCUACAAGUACGAGGUGCUGAAGCGGGAGUGGGACGUGCCCGAGGAGGUGGACGCCGAGGCGCUGACCUGCUCCCUGUCCAAGGACGGGCAGCUCCGCAUCGAGGCCCCCAAACUGGCACUGCCAGCUGCUCCGGAGAGGAACGUGCCCAUCCAGAUGGGGCCGGCGGUGGCACAGGUGGCAGCCAGCACUGAGGAUGGAGCCGAGCGGGCCAAGGCCUGAUGGGGAGCAGCAGCAGCAGCCAGGCUGAGCCUGGCAGAUGGGGCAGCUACUGGCCACAGUGCAGGACCGUGCUGGGACUGUGCAAUGGCCCGGGGGGGGGGUGAUGUCUGCCCAGAACAUGCACCUUUUUUAUAUGUAAUAAAUAUUCCUGACUUUUA